UAACCUACAAGUUGCAAUAUCGUGAUCGCAUAUUCUUACACUGAUAUUACCGGCUGGUCAGCUACAAGCUCUGGUAGUGUACCUGUGAACACGUGCGCGUCGUUGUCCGACGGCAUUUUUUCCACUCUUAAAAACGAAAUCGGUCGAAAGUGAAGCACACUUGGAGAUAAAUAUUCUAACCGCCGCACGUCGAUAUUUUAGAUGCAACGAGGUUUACACGUCCCGAAUGCUGGUUAUUACCUAUAAGCUAUAGUCGAGAACGUGCGAUAAUUUCAAACCAUAACACGUCCAAGAUGUCCAAACAACUUUGUCCCAUUGAUUUCGGGCAAUCCGAUGACAAUUCAAUUUGUACCACGAACAACAAAAGAAAGAAAUUAAGUUUAUCGAAGGAGCUGUUAAGAGAAUCCAUGCAAUUUAAACGUAUGCUCAUCACACAGAAGGAAAAUUACGAAAUCAGUUUUCUCGAUCCCGCCAAUGGCGAACAGCUGAAACUCAUGUGCACCGACACCUUGUGCACUGGGCGCGUAUUGCACGCAGGUGUUCGGACGCUGCAGUCGGCGAUCGACCGAGAACGGUCGCACAGACGGGAAUACGUGGACGGCCUGAUGCGUUACAUGCGUGAGCUGAACAAGCUGGACGAGGCCAAGGAGGUGCUGCUGGAAGGCCUUGAGCGGAUGCGGGCCGGCGUGGACGGCACCGUGGACGCUCUCCGGGUGGACGUGGAACGAGCCCACUGCCAGUACGAGGAACGCAAAAAGCGGUUCUUCCGGUUCACCGGCGGCGCGGAAGCAUCCGAAACGCAAGAGAUGACCGCCACCGACCGCGGGUUCCGGUCACUAUGCUUGGACGCGGAUGCCGGCGAAGUUUCGCUACCAGGAGCCGCCUGCUGGUCCUGUGACAUCGACGCCGAUGACGAUGGUGGCUGGCUGGACGACAUCGACGCCGACGACGACGCUGACGCUGCCUUAACAAUCUUCCGGCGGCUCCGGCGGGACGCCGAGGCUCGCAGUGGCGACGGCUGUCGGUUGCGGAUUGACGAACUUCUAACGCUCUGGCGCGCCAUCAAGUCCGUGAGCGAGUAUAACCGGACGCUUGAGACGGCUGUGUGCGAGCUCGACGAACAGACGGAUUCGCUGCAGACCAGCCUGUGCUGCGCGACGGCCGUGUGCACGGCGCUGGACGCUGAUCAGUCGGACAAGAAGUGCAGGGCGAUCGUGCUGGACGACUUUUGUGCGGUCACCGAACAGAUCACGGCGCAGCAGAUCAGGAACUUGGAGUUCGGCCGCAUGCUAGCCGUCGACGAAAAGCAGAUCUGCGAGGAACUUCAAAAGAUCGGACAGCUGAAGGCCAAGGUUGCCAGGAAAAUGGAGAAAAAGCAAAAACUUCUCGAGCAAACGGACAGUGUGAAAAGUCAACUGGAUGUGUACAAAAGUCGUUAUGAAGAACUAAAGAGGAAAAGAGCUCUUCUUGACGACAAUCUAAACAUGACGAAACGUUCGCCUAGCAAAUUAGCGAAUCAAUCCGAGCAACAAGGUUUUGGACAGAGAGUGAAACAUUUGGAACAACUCAAAAACCAAUACAACAAACUGGCUAAUAAAAGAGAUGCAUUAAAACUGAAAAUUCAAAGUCAACAACAGGUGGUCAAGACACCUCGUCGGAUAAAUACGUUUUGCAAUACUUAGCCAUACUAUUUUCACAGUUUGUUUUUUAAUGUACCGAUUUCACAAAUAUUCUUGUAUGUUUAAGGCGUCUCAAAAGCUUUCUUUUCUAUUAAAACCAAGCUCAGUUUAAUUACAAUUUUACUCGUUAACAUAAUAUAAAAUUACCUUUUUUUUAUUUAGAUUAUAACAUUCUAUUUAAUUUACUGUCCAAAGAAAUUAUUUAUAUUUUUAAAAAAUUAGUAAACUUUAGAUUAUAAUAUGAGCAUAAUAGAU